AUGCGACGUCGCGCAAAGACGCCCAUCUUCUCCAUCGGACAGCUGGAGGACAUACCGAGACCUAGCAACGCCCUCGGCAGGACAUCAAGUGUCGAUCUCAUUGCCGACCAGUACCGUGCUUUGCUCGACUAUCGCGCUUCGGUACAUAGCGAUGCGAUCUCAGAGCCCUCACUGUCACUCGACGAGGGUGAAAGCGACGAGGCAUUGAUCGAUAGGCGGCGACGAAGUUCGGCCAGCCUCCCGCCCGAGACGCCAAUAUGUGCACCAAUGCGCAACCGUGACUUUGCGCAGCGUUCCACCACCUCGGACGACGACGGCACGCUAGUCGCCUUUGAGGAGGAAACAGUCUACUUCAAGCCUGUCUCUUUUUCUCCAGAGCCGACGUUGCCACUCGCUCGACUUCCUAGUUACUCCUCUUGCACAUCUGCGGACGACAAUUUGAGUCUACAGAUAUGUCUAGACCUUCUUACACGGGACCUCUCAUCCGCCCUGGAGGGCCGGCCGGGCAAGUCUUGUCCAGAUCCAUCAGCCCUCCAAGUGUGGGUCAUGAUCGAGGCCUACGAAAGGUUACGGGACCAGAUAUUGGAGAGGAGACCGGCCUCCAAGGAGUCAAGAUCGCUGGAGAUGAUGUUCGACAUGUGGUUACGAUCCCUGUAUGCAAUACACGACUCAUUGACGGGGAAUGGGGCGAGGAGUGAGAGCGAUUACGGAGCGGAACUUGGGACAGAGGAACUGGAUUAG